AUGGAUGGCAUCGUACAGACUAUAUCCUCAUCCUUCAUCCUUGCACGUGCAGAAGAUGCCGAUGUGAUGAGAGCAAUGAUGAUGUCCUUUGGGCGUGCCUGGAGUCCGUCCUACAGCUCCAAAUCCUCUGCCGGCCUCGCUCGCCCGAUACCGAGCGACCCUGUACAGCUACAGCAAGAGCCCAUAAACAGCAUGGAUGCCCUCAACUUUCUUGUUGCACAAACUACUGCCAUUUCAAACACCAUGAGGCUGCCUUCAGUAAGACCUGCCUACCAUUCUCGAUACACCAUCGAUGUUGUAUUCGGUCCUUCUCAUGAAGCUCGCUCCAGGCCAGCGAAUGCCAUGAUUCGGACACCCGAGAUACAACACAUCAGUCUCAUCCUUGCAGGGCUCGGCCCACAAUGUCUUACACUGAGAGAUGGUCGCGCUGAACGAUUCGAUCUCGACUUCAUGCACCUUUCCCUCUUUCCCGUCAAGCUCAGGCAAGAUCAAAGCAUUUAG